AUGCUGAGGUCCAGGAUGAAGGUUGCCUUUCAGCUCCUCGCUUGUCUUGUCCUUCUUGGCAGCGACGUGUCGCUGGCUCAGAACGUGCUCGGCAUUGACUUUGGGUCUGAAUGGAUCAAGCUUGCAGUGGUACAGCGCAGCGCGGGAGUUCAGAUCGUCCUGAACGAGGCUUCCAAGCGCAAGAGCCCCAAUGCUCUCUCUUUCGGAGCAGAGCAGAGGGAGUUUGGUGACACUGCCAUGGUCAAGCCUCACCUCGCCUUUACCCACACCCGCGAGCUGCUUGGAAAGAAGUAUAGCAAGGAAGCGCUGGAUGCAUACGGCCCGCACUACUUUCCAUAUGAGAUAGAAGAGGAUGUGGAACGCUCGGCGAUCAGAGUGAAGGAGGGAGAUCGACAUCUGUCGCCUGAAGCUCUUGUUGCCAUGGUUCUCACCUACGCCAAGUCGCUCGGCCAAGCGCACACUGGCGAGAAAGUCGCAGACUGCGUGAUCACAGUGCCAGGUUUCUACCGGCAGUUCGAGCGACAGGCCGUCCUGGAUGCUGCAGCGAUCGCUGGCCUCAAUGUGCUUGCGCUGAUGAACGACCAUACAGCGGUGGCACUCAAAUAUGGCAUCGACCAUAACGUCGCAUCUCUCACGGAGCCACGAAAUGUCGUCUUCUAUGACAUGGGAUCAACUGCUACCCGCGUUUCUGUCGUGCAGGUGAAAACGCUGAGGAGCCUCCCGUUCAGUGCGAUACCGGACAAGGAAGCCUUCCAGAAGAACAAGACGCUUGGGCAGCUCAAGGUGCUUUCGACCGCCUGGGACGAGUCCCUUGGAGGCUACGCUUUCACCAGCAAAGUCGCUGAGAUUCUCAAGGGCAAGAGCAAGAUUGACCCCUCAAAGAACAGCCGCGCGAUGGCCAAGUUGAUCCAAGCAGCAGAAAAGACCAAGGUCAUUCUGUCGGCAAACAAAGACGCUCACCCGACGAUCGAGAGCUUCAUCGACGACUAUGACUUCCGUGCCUCCAUCAUGCGCGCUGACUUCGAGGACGCGUCGCGGCAUCUGCUGGAGCGUGUGGAGGGUCCGAUCCUUGAGGCUAUGAAGCGUGCGAACUUCACAAAGGACGACAUCCAUUCGGAUAAAAUUCUUUCCUCAACUGGCAAGCCUCAGCUGGACAAGACUCUCAACGCAGACGAGGCGUUCUGCUUCGGCGCUGCUCUUUACGCUGCCUCCUUGUCCACUGCGUUCCGUCUCAGGAAGUUUGGAGUUCACGACAUCACCAGUUUCCCCGUGAGCAUCGACAUCGACUCGCUUAGCGGUGGAGUUGACGAAGUCGCUGAGACCGAAGGCGAGGAGGAGAAGGCGGAAGGAUCCGAAAGCUCACCUGGCAAGAAGAACGUGAAGCUGUUCAAGGCUGGCCAUCGGAUCCCAUCCAAGCGUCUACUGACCUUCAAGAGGGACGAGGAUCUCACUUUCACCCUCAAGUACGACGACGAAGUUCCUGCUCACACCCCUGUGGUGAUCGCUCGUUACAACAUCACGGGCGUCAAGAAAGCGAUGGAAAAGUUCCCCAACGCUACCGGCAAGCCGAAGAUUAACGUCUCAUUCCGGUUGACUCGCUCGGGGCUGGUGGAGGUUGACAAGGCGGAGGUUGCUAUCGAGGAGAUGGUGGAGGUAGAGACGUGCGAGACCGUCAAGCCUCCGGCCAAGAACGAGACGCAGGCGAACGAGACGGCAGGAGAAGCGAAGGAGGCGGGGGAGAACAACCAGACGGCAACGGGCAAUCAGACGGAGGAGGAGGCAGAGAAGAGAGUCUGUACUGUCAAGGAAGAGAAGAGAGUGCGGCGAGUGGCGCUGGUUGUGGCGGCAGAGACGCCGGUGCCUCGCCCCUUCACGAGCACCCAAGUGAAGGAGACGAAGAAAGUGCUGGAGGACUACGACGAGAGGGAGAGGAAAAUCAGAGAGCGAGCGAGCGCGUUCAACGCCUUGGAGUCCUACAUCUACACCACCAAGGAGAAGCUCGAGAGCAACGUCGAGAUGCGUGAGGUCACCACCGAGACCUUCCGCAAGGACUUCACAGCACAGCUCGACAAGAUGAGCUCGUGGCUGGACGAGGACGGCUGGGAGGCCGACACCCUCCUCCUCCGCUCCAAGCUUGCUGAGCUCACACAGGUUGGCGAUCCAGUUUUCUUCCGCAUGAAGCAGGCGAUUGAGAGACCUGUGGCAAUCGAGAAGGCCAACAAGAUGCUCGUGGCGAUUGAGGAGAGCGUCAAGAAUCUCACAAAGAAGAUGUCUUGGCUCAACGAGUCGCAUACACAGAUGGUGACGAACAAGACGGAAGCGUUGAAGGAGUGGAUGAAGACCAAGAUGGAGGAGCAAGAGAAGCAGCCGGCUCACGAGGACCCAGUCUUCACCUCGGACGAGGUCUUUGCGAGGUUCCCUGCCAUCGAGGAAGCGCUCAAGCGUCUGGCUCGCGUGCAGAAGCCUCUCCCUCCCAAGAAGCCCAAGGCCGAGAAGAAGGAGAACGAGACAAAAGUGAACGCGACGGAGGAGACGGAGGGAGAGAAGGGGGAAGAGAGCAAGGGCGAGGAAGAAGAGACCAAGACCGAGCUCUAG